AUGCAAGUAGAAAUCGUCUCAGCGGAGCUAGCUCCUGACGGAGGACCGAGCCCAGACGUCCGAUGCUCGCUGACUCAGCGGGUCGGAAACACGACGCCGAACAUCAUGAGCACGUCAGUGAUCAAGAGCACCUGGAACCCCGUGUGGAAGCAGACGCUGAGCCUCGAGGCGGAUCCUGACCAUGUCAUCGAGCUGAGCCUCUGGGAUGAGAGCUCCUCUCCCUCCUGCUGCCUGGGAGAGGCCACUAUCCCCUGUGACGAGCUCAACAUCUCCAACUAUGACAGCCCCGUCCGCAGCAUCCCCGUGCUGCAGGAGCUGGAGGGGAAGAACAGGAUCGUGGGGACUGUGAAUCUCCGGAGUAGGAAGGCGAGCAAGAGAGAGUCGACCAACCCGCCCAACAUCAGAGACAUCCGAACCCCCGACCUGCUCAAGUCGGUCGAGAGAUCAGCGACGCAGGAGGAAGAGAACAAGACUGAGGUAGCGAGGAGAGAGGACAAGUCCCGGAGGAGUCAGAGCAAUAGGCCUGUCUCCUACGAUGCUGACUCGAGGCCGACAGAAGCGGGCAGGGCAGGGCAAGGGAACGGAGCCACGAGAGUCUUACAGCUGGUCAGAGCUGCGAGCCGAGACUCGAACCUAAACGACUGCGACGUCGGGCUAGUCCUCCAACGCUCGCAUGACGGCAGCUACCUCGUGUCCUCCUCCAUUACCGGGAGCCCAGCGGCGCGAGCGAUGAAGGAGGGGCUGCUGAAGAAGGGAGACGUGCUGGUGACCAUUAACAGGAGGAGCUUGAACAGCAGGAGCCACUACGAGGUCAUGAAAAUGCUUCGCGGGCCAGCCCAUACUACUGUAGACAUUGAGUACGUCCCUGGGAUCGGGUACAAGGAUGCAGAAUCGAGCAAUGCUGAGAAGCCCUCUGAAGUGAUGAUCCUCACUAUGAAACUGAAGGAAGACUACAACAAGCUGAUUGGGAGAGAGGAAAGCUUCGCUACCAUCCUCCUGAAAGACCUCGCAAGCAUCGCAAGGGCCCCGCAAGCUCGGUUUCAGUACCUGGGGAUGGAGAAACGAGGGUCGAACAUUCUUGUUUCUAUCAAGAUACGCAACGACAAGGGAGGGACUGACAUCCGAAGCGGCCAGUUUGUUGCUCAGAUCAUAUAUGACACCAUAUACGAUCAGUCAAAACCAAUCGAGCAAUACAUCUCUCUUGGAAACUUCCGAGCUUUGAAGUACUUCGCAGCGAAAGACUAUGCAGAUCAUCAAUUAUCAAACGCUUCCUCGUACACCAACGAGACGCAGUCGCGGCUGGAGGCAGCGAUCAGCGCCAUUGGGGGCUCGUUCUCAGAGCAGAACCACCAUCGAGAGGAGCUUGAGAGUCGGUUGAUGCCAACACCAACGAGUCAGAAGCCUGACUUCAUCCAUGUCAACAACACGGGGGAGGACGUUGAGUUCUCGAACCGAGCACGGAUUACAGCUUCGACGCUGCACGUGAACCGCUGGGGGGAGGUGAACAUGCCGACGCUCGUUGCUGAGGCGAAGGACGACACCCACCAUGCUAUCUUAGCUCAGAGCAACACAGUGGAGGAGGCGGAGGAUGAAAGCAAGAUGCCGGAGCUCCUGACCGCGAGCUAUGACGUUACUGUCGCCGCACAGCCAACGCAUGAGAACAAACCUGCGAACCCCUCCAAGCGAAGCUCGUUGGAGCGAGAAGCUGACUCCAAGGCGCCGGAGAGAGGAAGCGUCGGAAACACUGUGCUAGGCUCUCACUUUGACUUCAGGAAUCUGUACUUUAGAAUCACCUCCAUCAUCGUCGGAAUCAUCGCUUUCGGCCUCAUCCUCGGCUCCAGGCGCAACCCCCCACCAUGGCACUGGUUGGCAUGGAUCAGCAUAGGCAUGCUAGGCAUCGCCCCUGUUUCUGACUUCUUCGCACAAUUCUUCUCAGGAGGAGGGAUCGGGCCCUAUGAGUUUGUCUCUGACCUGCUGGCAUGGCGGCAGCGGCUGCUGCUGCGCGGGGUUCCUCUCUGGUGGCUCUUCAUGUCUCUCAACGUGACCAACACCCUGGGCAACCUCUUCUGGGAAUCUGAAACCUUCGGGUACGAGCUCGGGGCCGUCGGCAGUGUGGCGCAGGUGAUGUACUACUUCGGUAUCCUCUGCAUGUGCGCGAUCCUGUACGCGAUGCGCUCUCACCAUCCCUACGCGCAAAGCCCGAUGAGCAUCGUCAACUCGUGCUUCGGGUACCAUGCGUCGGGCCUCUUCGGGGCGAUCGUCAUGUACCGGCUCAUCUCGCUGGUGUGGGUCAGCGCCUUCACCACGGGCUACGUCUUCUACGAGUACAACGGCGAGAUCGGCAUCUUUUGGGGAGGAAUCCUGAGCGGCCUGAGCCCCCUGCUCUACACGCUGAUGGGGGGGAUGCGGUCCUUGUACUACCCUCACCUAGUCAUGUUCUUCAUCAUGUGGGUCUUCCUCAUCGCCGUCGUAAGCAAGCUCCCGGUCGAGAUCUGCUACCUCUGCUCGCAAGGGACGUGGAACAUUGCUGCUGGCGCAGACUUGAUCAUCGUGCGCUUCCUGCAGGGCAUGCUCUCCCUGCCAUGGUGCACGGCCAUCCUGACAGACCGCCUCUUCCUUACCAACUCCUUGGAUGCCCUGCUGAUUGGGGGCUUCUCCAUGGUCUGCGCCAUGCUCAACACGUUUCUCAGCUCGCUGGUGGGAGUGUACCUCCGUCAGGCUGGACUUCAGUCUUCUCCAUUCGAGCUCGCAGGCCUCGUAGGCUCGGCCUACUACCACCUGAUGCUCGGGCUGACCAUCACGACCUCUAUCGGCACCAUGGACGCCUGCCUCGUGUCAGCCGCCAAACUCACCGGCCUCGAGGUCUUCGGCCUCUUGUGGCAUCGCGAGUUCGGAGCGACGGCGCAGCCACUGGGGCCUUUCUCACGUCACAUCACGCGAACCAACGUGCUGGCAGGACGCAUCGCCAUCCUCGUGGUGGGAGCCAUCGGCCUGUGCUUCCUCUCCUCAGUCAUCGCCCACCCGACCAGCAUCACCGAAGGUUCUCUGACGGGCAUCAUGGCCAUGGGCCUCGGGCCCCCCAUGAUUCUCCUGUGCGUGUGGAAGAGGAAGUGGAAGCGAUCGCCUCUCGCAUUCAUCCUCCCUGUCACCGUCAGCUUCAUCAUCGGCAUCGUCAAGUCUGCAUGGACUUCUUGCGUCAAGACCUCCAACGGGGUCUGCACAGCAUCGCAGUCGACGUACCCCAGCAACUGGUCCAUCGGGGACGGGCCCUUUGCCUACGAUCUUGGCCUUACCGUCUACACCUUCUUGUUCUGCCUACUUGCAAGCUUGAUCGGCUUCCUGGCGGAUCAGCAGUUCAGGUAG